AUGAGUGAUCGACAACCUCUGCUAAAUACAUGCAGUAAAUUGUCUAUUGGAGAUGAUGAUUAUGAUGAUGAUAAUAGGAAUAAGAAACAACUUUUGACCAAUAGUUUUUCUGAUUGGCGCCGACGCUUCAGUAGAACAGAGAACGCUAAUAAAUAUAUAAAAUUAGAUGAUGAUACUGAACACAAUGACAAAGAUGAAGCAGUUGAUGUUUUCCGUUUAUUUCAGUUUGCAGAUCGUAUCGAUUUUGUUUUGAUGUUCAGUGCUAUGUGUUUAAUAGUGUCAGAGACGGUUUGCCUUCUUGCUUAUCGAGCUGUCUUCGGCUGGCUCACAGGAAUAUUUGCUAUAAAAUCUUUUGGUGACAAUUGUGAUUAUCAAAAUAAAAAUUCAACAGCUCCAAUUAAGAACAACAAUGCAUAUACUCAAGCAAUCGAGCUCAAUGAAUUCAACAAUACUGCAUGGCUUAAAUUGUGUCAUAAUAGUGAUGUAAAUUUAUCAUUAACCUUAGCUACAUCAAUGCCUUUAUUUCAAGAAAAAGUUAUGACCAUAGUUCACUGGUUAUUUAGUAUGUGA